AUGGACUGUUCCGGCUUGCUGACCCUCCACUACGGCAAGCACCACACCUCCGUCGUAGAGGAAGUGAGACGAUGGUUCGAAGGAGAGACUCAAGCUGACGUUAGUCUUCUCUGUGCUGGUGGCAAGUUAGCAGCACACAGGCUUGUUCUCGCCUCUGCAAGCCCACUCAUCAAGCGAUUGCUGGAAUCAGUGACAGAACCGCUGGUAACAAUUCAGCUACCAGACGUCAAAGCAUCACAUAUGAGGAACAUGCUCGACUUUCUAUACACAGGACAAACAUGUGUACAGCCAACGGAGGUCUCAGAGGUCAUAGAGCUAUUCGAACUGCUCGAAAUCAAGUCAGAGCUGUGGGAGAACAAGGCGAGGAGUAGAAAGGACUCGUCGGGGAGCCGGGACAGGGAGGAAGUGCGCAGGAGGAGGAGUUCCUCGACUCCAGUCAACCUCUCGAUCAAUGCCAACUCGCCAGAACCUCAAGCGCAGGUUAAAUCUGAGCCUCUGCAGGACUCUGAGCCACAGAUUGUUGAAAAUCUUAGUAAAUCAUCUUCCAAUGUAAAUAGUUAUUCGCCAGGAGGUGAAACUACUGGUAGCGAAGAAGAGAGAGAGAAAGUAGUAGGAUCUCGAAUUCUUCCGCUUGCAUAUCAACCGUAUUUACAUUACAAACGAAAAUCGAGAUAUAUGGAAGACUAUAAGUCUAAUCUUGAAGAAGAAGACACAGUCAAAAUACCUGAUUUAGCACAACCCUCUCCAGAAAACUAUGUUGUUACACCACAUCGGAAGAGAAGACCGGGCUUUCACAACGCUCCCGCACAAAACCCACCGUUUGUCCCCUUCUCUCCUUCUUACGUUGAGCGAGGGCAUUGGGAAGAAAGCCCCUCUUCCAGGCCGCUUUCUCCAUCGCGACUCAUAUACCCUGAGCCAUGGGGCCGAAGUGCAUGGGCUCAGCCACCACCGUUAAUAAGGAAAGAAGAACCGCCACCUAUACCACACGGUGGAGGAAGCGAAGGAGAAGAAAGCAACAAAGCACCGACGAGAGAAUAUCGCUGCGAGUAUUGCGGCAAACAGUUCGGAAUGUCCUGGAACCUCAAGACCCAUCUCAGAGUCCACACAGGAGAGAAGCCUUUCGCCUGUAGACUCUGCGUGGCCAUGUUCAAGCAAAAAGCGCACCUGUUGAAACACCUUUGUUCAGUUCACAGGAACGUGAUAUCAGUGGGUGGUGGGGGUGAGAGUGGGGACUCGGGACAUUUCAACUGCUGCUUCUGUCAGCUGACAUUUGAAUCGCUUCAAGAGCUGAUACGUCACCUGUCGGGGCCCCACAACAACCUCCUCCUCAGCAAGAACCUUCCGGAGGGUCUCUGA